AUGACAUCAAUCGCUAUAGGUGACCAAAUUUUAGAUUUAUCAUCCUUAACUUCAUUAUUAGAAGAAAAUGUUCCUGAACUGAAAAAUCUUUCCAACGUUUUUUCUGAGCCAACUUUGAAUAAAUUUAUGUCAUUGGGCAGACCUAUAUGGCAAGCAACUCGUCAAUACUUACAACAAAUUCUAUCAGAAAAUGAUUCAACUUUACGAGAUAAUAUUGAACUUAAACAACGAGCUUUAAUAUCACAAAAGUUGGCAAGAAUGCAUUUACCGGCUAACAUUGGAGAUUUCACAGAUUUUUAUGCUUCCAAAGAACAUGCUACUAAUGUGGGUACUAUGUUUAGAGGAAAAGAUAACGCAUUAAUGCCAAACUGGAGUCAUUUACCAGUUGGAUAUCAUGGUCGAUCCUCAAGUAUUGUUGUUUCUGGUACGGAUAUCGUACGUCCCAGUGGUCAAAUAUCCCCCGGAAAAGAUCAGCCACCAAUUUUUGGUGCAUCGAAAAAGUUAGACUUUGAAUUGGAAAUGGCAUUUUUUGUUGGCCCUGGAAAUAACCUUGGUGAACCUAUUCCAAUUGAAAAAGCAAUUGACCAUAUCUUUGGAGUAGUUUUGAUGAAUGACUGGAGUGCUAGAGAUAUUCAAGAACCAUUUUUAGUUGAAGGACCUAAACAAGAUCCCACUCCAUUAAAAUAUUUGCAAGAUACUGGACCAUCAGCCUAUGAUAUUCAUUUGGAAGUCAAAAUGAAAUCAAACCAUUGUAAAUCUCAUGUAACCAUUGCAAAUUCAAAUUUGAAAUACAUGUAUUGGUCAUUGAAACAACAACUGGUUCAUCAUUCAGUAAAUGGAUGUAAUAUGAGAUCAGGAGAUUUAUGUGGUACUGGUACUAUUAGUGGUGGUCCUGAUGCUAUUAAUGGUGGUCCUAAUAAAAGUCCCUUAGGAUCAUUAUUAGAAAUUACUUGGAAUGGAAAAACUAAAAUUGAUAUUAAUGGAAAUAAAAGAACAUUUAUUGAAGAUGGAGAUGAAAUUUUAUUAACUGGGUAUUGUACAAAUGAAAAUUAUUUAAUUGGAUUUGGUGAAUGUAUUGGCAAGAUUUUACCUACUUAUAAAUAA